UGGUGACGUUCCCAUGUGGGAAUGUGGAUGAUACAGUAGGCUCUCUACUCCAGAAUCAGUUGCUCUCUCCUCUCGCCAGCCAUGAAGACCUUGCAUGUCUACGUCGUGAUGGCCACUGCGAUCCUCUCUGUCAGGACACAGGUGACAAAGGGGGCUGAGAAAACCAAGGAAUGCAUCUGUGAGUUGAAUAAUUCUGGGCUAACCUUCCCCACCCGCCGACUGCAGAAUGUCAUGUCUGGUGCCACUGACUGCACACAAAAGAUCACCACUCAGCAGAUGUCAGAGGUGGACAUUCUCAUGGACAAACUGCACCACCGCCUGCGGCAGCUGGAGCAGGAUGUGGUCGACCUGGAGCAGGAGGACGACGGGUCUUCCCAGCAAGGGGACCUCUACAUGGCAGUGUCGCUGCGCAUCAUCGAGAUCGAGCUGGCCGAGAUCCUGGACCUCGUUUCAAAGCUGAACACCACCACCGCUGGCCACCAGGGCCUGAGUAAAGACAUCAGCAUAAAGUUGAAGAACAUGAAUACAGAGAUGGAGUCUCUGGAGAAGUUUGACCACACACAGAUUGUACAGAAACAGAAGCAGAACCAGGUGUUGAUGAAGGCCCUGACAAAAUGCCAGGCUGACAUGCUGGUGACUGUGGCCCCGCCCGUUAUACCUGUGCCAGGAAACUGUUUCCGUGGUAACCUGCUAAACGUGACUGGUCCCAGUACCUACACCGUCACUGAAUAUGGGACGUCGUAUGCCUUCGGUGCCUGGGGUCGCGACCCCAAGCCUGCCAAAGGGAAGGAGGAUUGGUACUGGCUGGUGGCCCUGACCAGCAGCAACAUCUACGCCAACUACAUCCGCUGGUACAGCAGCCACAGCGCGAUCGUGGUAGGCGUGAAGGCUGAGGACGUCCUCAUCUCCUCAUCGAACCCCACGACCAACACGGUGCAGGGUCCCAACGUGGCCAUGUACGAGAACGCCCUCUACUACAGCUGCUACAACUCGCCCACCCUGUGCCGCUUCAACAUGACGGCCCGCACCAUCACCACCACCGCCCUGACCGACGCCGGGCACAACAACAAGUUCCCCUUCUGCCACCUCGGCACGUGCUACGGCUACACCGACGUGGACGUGUCCACCGACGAGUCGGGCCUCUGGGUGGUGUACGCCACGCCCGAAAAUUUCGGGAACGUGGUCCUGAGCAAGGUGGAGGUCAACGGCACUGCGAGCCUGGGCCGCACCUGGCGCACCUCCCUGCACAAGCGGACGGUGAGCAACACCUUCGUGGCCUGCGGCGUCCUGUACGCCACGCGCUACCUGGACAAGUACAACGAGGAGAUCUUCUACUCGUUGGACACGGUCUCAGGGCUGGAGCGGUACGACGUGGGGCUGCGCAUCAAGAAGAUGACCGACAACAUCCAGUCGCUCAACUACAGCCCCUGCGACCAGAAGCUGUACGCGUACAGCGACUCGUACGUUCUCACGUACCAGGUCGUCUUCGGAUGAGCCGCAGCCCACAACAUCGCUGCACCCGCACUGCGCAUCAUACGCUUACUGACCGAAUGUUAAUGUUCACAGGUAUCCAUAAGUGUUUUGAAAUUACGCUUCUGCUAGUCGAAACUGCGUGAAAAAUGUGAGUGAUAUAUGUGUUGCAUUUCCAAAGCCUUUCACAUUGUUCCUGGAAUCAUGAAAUUGUAUGAGAUAAGUUAAAUGAGGAAAUAAAAAACCAUUUACUUGCCGCAUCCCAGUUUUUUCAUACAUUUCAUCUGAAUUUCUGGAAGGCACUGAUGAAUUAUUCAAAUAAAAGUGUUUUUAAUUCUA